AUGCCGGUCCCAAGCCCGGAUAAAUGGGGAGGGGUGAGGACAAAAAUAGCAAACUACCUCACUAUUUUGCUGAAAUACCUUAUGGAUCAGUACAAUAAAAUAAGUUCAGAUAUGGUGCUGGAAAGUGAAACCCCUGGGCUGGAAAGCACCUAUCAUAUUACCAGGGAUGAACGUGAACGUUUUUCAAGUAGCGAAGGCAUUUAUGACGUGGACGGGACAAAUCCAUCAGGACUCCCGCCUGCUGAUGUGGCUCCGAGCAAAAGGAAGCGUCUACGUUUUACAACAACUAUUCACAAUAUCGGCACAUGGAAUGUUCGCUGCAUGAACAUAGGCAAACUCUAA